AUGUCGAUUCCGGUUCGAACCCAGCUAAUAAAUGCUUCAAGGGGCAUCCAUCCAAAUGACAUUCAUGGUCUUAAAAUAUGGCUAGAGGGACCAAAAUACUUAUUACAAGAUGAAUCGACUUGGCCUAAAAUCCCACAUAAGCUACAAAUUGCAGAUGAUGAUUCCGAAGUAAAGAGAGAGAUUAUUGUUAAUACCACCGCAUCGUACACAGGACCUCAUAUAGAAGACCUCAUUAACUAUUUUUCCAAUUGGGCAAUGUUGCUUAGAGCAGUUGCUUGGUUACUGAGAUUCAUAACAUAUUGCAGACGACAUCACUUGACUUUGAAUGAACAACCAAAACGAGGAAAUCUUACCGUUUCCGAGAUAAAGAACGCAACUUACGCUAUAGUACGACAUAUACAGAACUCAAGCUUUAAACAGGAACUGAACGAUAUUUACAAAGGAAAUCGUGUAAAAAGAGACAGUAGAUUAUCUACAUUAAACCCCAUACUUGUUAAUGGACUAAUCCGUGUAUAUGGAAGAAAUACCCAUAAAGAAUAUGAUACGUGCCCGAUUAUCCUUCCGCACGAUAGUCACGUGACAGAAUUGAUUAUUCGUCAUUACCAUAAUUCAAACGGACAUGUUGGUAAACAACAGGUACUUGCUGAAACACGGACGAAAUACUGGAUAUUAAAGGGACCGUGUACUAUAAAGAAAAUUAUCAGAGAUUGUUUUAUACGUAAGCGACAACACAGUCUACCUCUUAGACAACAGAUGGCACCCUUGAUCAAAGAACAGACGACCCCCGAUAAAUCCCCAUUCACCUAUGUCGGUGUAGACUACUUCGGUCCUUUGAUAGUGAAAUCAGGUAGAACUUGUUUAAAAAGAUACGGAUGUCUCUUUUACUGUCUAACUACAAGAGCAGUCCACAUCGAAAUAGCACACAGUCUAACAACUGAUUCUUUCAUAGCUGCUUAUCAACGCUUUACAAGUCGUCGAGGGUAUCCAGAAAAGCUAUAUAGCGAUAACGGAACGAAUCUUGUUAGCGGAGACAAAGAGUUAAAAAGCUCAAUAAAACAAUGGAACCAGUCUAAAAUCGGACAACUUCUUGUGCAACAUGAUGUAGACUGGCACUUUAACCGACCCUAUGCCAGUCACAUGGGCGGGUCAUGGGAACGCUUGAUAAGGUCAACGCGUACUAUUCUCAAAGCUGUUGUGAGACAACAACUCCUUACAGACGAAAAGUUAUUGACCCUGAUUGCCGAAACUGAACGAAUAAUCAACGAUAGACCCAUAACUAAUGCAAGCAGUGAUCCGAGGGACCCACCAGCACUCACGCCAAACAUGCUUCUUUUAAUGAAGUCUAAUCCUUGUUUACCAGUCGGCAUUCUUAAAAAGGAAGACAUCUAUAGCAAGAGAUGGUGGAGACAAAUCCAAUAUUUAGCGGACAUAUUUUGGAAAAGAUGGGUAAAAGAGUAUUUACCAACCCUACAAGCAAGGCAGAAAUGGCAAAGGUAG